AUGGUAGACAUGAGCAGGGGCAAGUUUGCUAGGCUGUGCGUUGAAGUUGAUCCAACCAAACUAUUACUGGGGAGAUAUCUGAUAAAUGGUAGGGAGUACCACAUUGAAUAUGAGGGUAUCCACCAUAUUUGUUUCACCUGCGGAAGAGUAGAUCAUGAUCAACAACAUUGCCCAAACAAUAAGAGAAAGGAAGAACCAAUAAAAAAGCAACAAGAGAAUCAAAGUGCUGAAGCUAAUACAGGUAUACAACAAGAAAACAACAGUAAAAAACAACAAGACCUGCAAAAAGAGAAAGCUAGCACAAGAAAGAAUGACACGGGAAAGCAAGUAAUUACUGAGAACAAUAGUAGUUUUGGGGAAUGGAUGGUGGUCCAGAGGCCAAAAAGAGAAAAGAAAGGACAAAAAGAAGAUGUUAUCAGAAACGGAGAGGAAACAAGUAGACAAAGAGAAGUCCCACAAACAAAAAGAAACCAAGGCAGAUUUGGCGUGCUAUAUAUAGAGGAAAAUCCAAAAGCCCAAGGGCAAGGAAUUGAAGAACAAAGGGAACAAGAGAAAGACACCUGA